CGACGAACCUCGAUCAGAGAAACUUUGACUAUGUGUAUUGUAUCCCCUAUAAAAGGGGUGAGACCCCUCAUUGUAAUGGAUCCAAGUUAGAAACGAAUAAACUCCUACCUUGCUCUCUCUCUCUCUCCAAAACUUAUAUUAUUUUUCAUUCUCGGUGGUUCUUGACCAUCAAAUUGGUGCUUUCAUUGAGAGCUGAGGAACAUACUCGUAGGUUAACUCCUCAACGCGAGAAUGGUGCAAACCAGGAGCAACGUUCCCACCACCAGCCACGUCGGCGGCGAGGAGAUCGCUCCGGGCAGUGGCAACGGCACGGGUGGCAUCGCUUCGACUCUGGACGCGGUCCAGGCGCUGUUCGGGUUGGGGGUGACCACGGAGCAACUCCAGGCGGCCGUUGCGGCACUUUCCGCCAUGGGUGGGAACGCGCCCGGCGCCGGGGUUGGCAAAGCUCCGCUCGGUCACCACACCGAGCAUGCUGCCACUUCCCAGCACAAGGGAAAGAAGACGCGGAGGAGCAGGAGGAGGCCCGGCAAGGGCCCGCUGAUCGAGGAGGUGUUGGUGGAGGACGUCCCAGAAGGGGAGGACGAUGAGUCCAGUGAGUGUAGAAUCUCGGCCUUCAAACGCUUGAGAGGCGAGGAUACCCGAGUGCCGGCAUUCGACUGGCUCAACCGCGGACCGGAAGGCCGUCUAGGUGAUCUUCGCCGGCAGAUCUCUGAGGGUAGGCGGAGGAACGCUGAGGAAUCAGCGACCUCGGAUGCGCGCUCGGCGAGACCUGAGCGAACCGAAGGCCGAAGGGACGAGCGAACUCAGCGUCGCCAGAGCCCAUCCAGAACUGAGAAGACUAAGGUCCCUGAACGGGGUAUGACUGAGCUUGCGCGUGAGAUUGCCGAGCUCAAACGCCGAGUAGAGACAAAGUCCCCCUACAGCCAACCCAUCUUGCGCACGGUAACCCCGUUUACACCGAGGGUGAUGUCAGUUCCGCUGCCGACAAACUUCCGUCCGUGGCAGAUCAAGGCUUACAGCGGGACGAGGGAUCCCCAUGAUCAUUUGUCAAAGUUCUACGCUUCGAUGGAGGCGGCGGCAGCCCCGGACGAGCUCAAGUGCAGGUGCUUCCUCGCGACGCUAGAGGGCUCCGCGUGCGAUUGGUUCAACCGGCUCCCAAAGGGAACCAUUGACGAUUGGGAUACGCUGGCGGAGAAGUUCUUGACGCAUUUCGCGGCCAACCGAAAGCAAAGGCUGCCUUAUUCCCACCUGCUCAACAUAUGCAUCCGCAAGGGAGAAAAGGUCCGCGACUUCAUAGUCCGGUGGGAGAAGGAAGCCAGAGACGUGCAUGGGGCGGAUGACCAGGCGUUGGUUGCCAUGUUCCAAGCAGCCCUCCCCCGCGGAGAGGGAGAAAAGGUCCGCGACUUCAUAGUCCGGUGGGAGAAGGAAGCCAGAGACGUGCAUGGGGCGGAUGACCAGGCGUUGGUUGCCAUGUUCCAAGCAGCCCUCCCCCGCGGAGAGGUGAGGAAGGAGCUCCGCAAGAAUCCUCCCCCCACGUACCAAGAGACCUUGGCGCGCGCAAAGUUCUUAGCCUCGGAGGAGGCCGAGGGAGUUAUCGCCGUAUCCGUGAUAGUAGGGGAUGGUGCGCACAAGGCGAAGUUGAAGAUGGAGUUUAAGGUUGUGAGCAUCAACUGUGCGCACAACAUGAUCCUGGGGCGGCCCAGCCUUGAGGACUUGGAAUGUGUGAUCUCCCCGUACUACUUAUGCAUGAAGUUCCCCACUCCGUCCGGCAUCGGGGUGGCAAGGGGAGACCAAAAGUUGGCCCGAUCGUGCUACGUAAGAAUCACGAAGAAGUUGCCGAGGGAUGAGACAAUGGUCGUACACGCGCAAGAGGGAAUGCGCAAGCUGGAAGCUCGGCCUUCGGCCGAGCCCGCCGAGGAAGUCGAGGAAGUGCCGCUCGACCCACAAGUGCCCGAGCGGAAGAUUAAGGUCGGGGCGACCCUGACGACGAGCCAGCGGAUGCGCUUGGUGGAAGUGCUCGACGCCUACCGCGUGAUCUUCGCGUGGGGACCUGGGGAUAUGCCGGGGGUGGACCCCAAGAUCAUAUGUCACCGGUUGGCGGUCAACCCGGAAUCUAGGCCGGUAAAGAAGAAGAAGCGUUUCCUCUCGUCCGAGCGGAGGGAGUUCGUCUCCAAGGAAGUACUUGGUGGCCGAAAAGACAGUGCUGGCCGUGGUUUCAACCGUGCAGCGGCUGACGCCCUAUUUCCAAGCUCACCCGGUCCAGGUACUUUCCCAGCAGCCUAUAGGUGCGUUGCUCAGGAGUCCGAACGCGCCCUCUCGCAUGUCCAAGUGGGCGGUGUUCCUUGGAGCCUUCCAGAAUGCACCGCCCGAGAAGAGCCGAGCCCGGAACUUGAAGCCGACGGCUGGUGGACAGUUUUCACCGACGGCUCCUCCGCCGCCAAAAACUCGGGGGGUGGAGUGGUAGUCAUCGCUCCCGAGGGCUUCAGAGCAUAUUACUCAAUCCGAUUCGGCUUCAAGGCAUCAAAUAAUGAGGCGGAGUAUGAAGCGCUCUUGUGCGGUUUACGUCUGGCAGCCGGGAUGAACGCGACGAAGCUAAGGAUAAAGUGUGAUUCGAAGUUGGUGGUUUGCCAUGUGUUGGGAGAGUUCGAAGCGAAGGACGAAAGAAUGAAAAAAUACAGAGAUACGGCCCUAGAACUACUUAAAAGUUUCACCGUGUAUAGUGUCGAACAGAUCCCUCGGGCGGAGAACGCCGAGGCGGAUAUCUUGUCGAAGCUGAGCUCAGACACGCCCAAGCACAUCAGGCGAAUGGCGAAUGUGGAAGAGCUUUCCGAGCCGAGCAUCCACGCUUUCCCCGUGGCAAUGAUCUGUGCUCAACCCAGAGAUUGGACGGACGACAUAGUCGCCUUCCUAAAGGAUGGCACCCUCCCAGACGAAUUGAUGAAGGCCAAGUUGGUCCGGACAAGGGCACCAGGGUAUACCUUGGAAGGCGAGAAGCUAUACAAGCGAGCAUACAACGGGACGCUACUCAGGUGCCUUCGACCAGCCGAAGCAAAACAAGUCAUGGAGGAGGUGCACGCCGGAAUCUGCUCCGCCCACCAAGGAGCACGCCGAGUGGAGGGGAUGUGCCAAGGACUUGGAAUGCUGAGAACUUGGUUAAGUUUUAUCAAUGAAUUUCGAAUGUACACGGGCCCGAGAAAGGGAACCCGCAACACCAUGAUUGAAUUCAAUGAAAUGGAAUUUUUUGCAAAGGUCCAACAUGCGUGUCCGGAUGCUCUUCCCGGACAAAGGCCUAACCUGCGUGUUUGGCACUACUCCUCAGUAGAAGAGCCGAGCGCAGACCAUGUCCGGAUGCUCUUCCCGGAUGAAGGUCUAACCUUCGUGCUCGGCACUCCCCCUCAAGAGAAGAGCCGAGCACAGGCCAUGUCCGGAUGCUCUUCCCGGAUAAAGGCUUAACUUGCGUGUUCGGCACUACUACUAAGUAGAAGAGCUGAGCGCAGACCAUGGCCGGAUGCUCUCCCCGGGUGGUCUAACCUUCGUGCUUGGCACUCCCCCUUAGGGGAAGAGCCGAGCGCAGACCAUGUCCGGA